UGAAACUUCAUCCGUCAACCCCUUAAACUAUCCUCUAUACUGUGAUCUUAGCUACACUGGGCAGCUUCAGUCAUGGACGAGAAAGGUAAUACUAGUUACGUAGGCAGGCUGAAAGCGAAACUCAAUAAAAACAGGAGAAUCCAAAAUGAAUUAUUUGAAAAGGUAAAAAGAUUAGAAGAGGAACUAACGAAAGACCAUGAAAAUUGCCAAUCCAAAAUCAAUGAUCUGGAAGAAGAAAUAAAAAGACUUAAAGAAGAAAUAGAAAAACUUAAAGAAGAAAGCAAUACCCUGAAAGAAGAAAUAAAAAAAUUGAAGAAGAAAACGGGAGACUUAGGAGAGAGCAACGCAUUCCUUGAAAAAAAAAUGAAAGAAAUUGAUGAUAAUGCCAAAAAGGAAGCCAAUAAAGCCGAAAAGGAAAUCGGAGAUUUAAACACAAAGUUAGAAAACUUAGAUGAAAAAUUAAAGAUGUUUGAGCUAUCUGAAGAUGAGUUGGUUAUUCGGCAACUCUGUUCAAGCGUUCAGCAAAAUCUCUUGAAAAUUGUGCUGCAGGGAAAUUUCGAAGAAAUUCAGAACAAAAGGACUGAGGAUAUGGAAAAUUACAUUUCAACGCAAAUUGAAGACGAACAUGAACAAAAUGAAGCAAGGUUAAGAUGGAAAAAGUUGAAGAAAGAUGUCAAUUGGAACGAUUUUUUGAUAAGACAGCUAACAGAUGUCAAAAGGAGAGGGAACGAAACUGCUCAUCCAUCCUUGACAGAAGAGGACAUAGAUGAUGCGAAAAUCAACUUGAAAGAAAAGAAGAAAUUAGGAAAGCAUAUGGUCAAGGCAGUAGAUCAACUAAAGGUUAUAUGGAUACAAACAAACCGCAAGCUAUACUGCAAGGAACAAGCUCCAUUGACCAAGAAAAAGGCGAUCCAAGGAUUGCGUCUACCACAGGACAAAACCAGGAAGAUAUAAGACUUCCCAAUGGUAUCUAUGCAAGAAGUGCCUCUGGACGGAGACAUGAUUUCAGUCUCAAAAAAGCUAGCCUUGACAAAGCUUUUCCUGGAAAGAUAUUCUUUCGCAUCACAACGAAGUUUUUAUUUCCGAAUUAAAUCACGUAAAAUUAGCAAUCUCUAUAAGGUUGACCUUAAACUAUCUGCAAUUAGUUUAAAGCUACUACAGCGAGCUAUUAAGAAUCCUGCGCUCUGAUUGGCUGAGCUUCUCUAUUGAUGAUAGACCGCUAGUAACGAAAAGAGCUGGUUUCAAAACCAUAACUAUGGAGUCUAAUUCUCCUUUUUAACCGGCUUUUUUUUAUCCAUUUAUUUCACCGCUCAGUAGGGUUAGACUAAAAUCUAACUAACGAUUAGACCUCUAGCCCUCAUACUACAAGUCAAUAGCCUAUUGACUAUGUUCAAUAUCCUAUGAGCCAAUGACUCAUAGACCAUUGUUAAAUAUUCACUUCUUUGCCUUGACUUGAAUGGCAAUGUAUAGCACUCCCGUCUGAUAUCCAGACGUUAAACUAGACAAUGGGGAACGAGUUUAUAAUGUAACCUUCUCUAAAAUAUUUAUCAAAUCUUUUUACAUUAACAUGCUAUACAUGUUUUUAUCGUACGCACAAAAAGAACUAUCGCAUAAAGGUGCUUAGCUGGCCUACACCUACAUUGUAUAUUAGCUAGUGAAAAAAAAAAACAAGCAAGGGACUGGUUCU